CUUACUUUUAGGAUUUCUGUCACAGGCCUACACUUGGUUACAACUCUGCUUAUUUUACAAAUUUGUUUUUGUUUUUCUUCAGUUGACAUGUGACCAAAUCUGCACUCAAAAGCUGUAUUCUGAAAUUACAGUUAAGUUUUGAUGCAUAAUUGCAAUGGACGCCAUCAGAUAUGAAAACUGCUAUGCACCCAGUGAGGUUUCCAAACAGACGGUUCCUUCAGACUGGAGAAAUGUUGAGUGGACCGACAAAAUGAAAGUCUAUCUGAAUUCUGACCAAGCUGUUACUGCCAAGGAUCUGCUCAGCAUGUUCUCAUCUUUUGGAUGUGUCAUCUCUGUUCAGACGAUUGUGAAAAACAAUCACAGAUACGGGAUGAUGCAUUACCGCAGUGCCGAUGAAGCUGCCGUGGCUUUGAGGGAAAUGAAGAGCAGCACCAAAGUCUUCUUCGUAGCUCAAGUAGGCAUCAGGGAGGUCAGAGAGGGCCCCAAGGAUAAAAGAUCCGAACGUCCCCAUCGAGCACCACCAGGCAGCUGUAGUUACCGCCCACUGCACAGACGUCCCAUUCUGUGGGAACCACUGUUUCCAGCUUACAGACAGACUGUGUCUAUUGAAAUUGAUAACCUCCCACGAUCUUGGUAUGAAAGAGACCUGCUGCUCAGCCUCCUCCCUCCGACCACCAUUGAUGUAAAGAUAUUUAAGAGAAAAGCCUGUGUGGUCUUGCCGGACUUCUCCAGUGCCUUGAGGCUCAGAGAUUUGUUAAACAGUGCCCUUCACCACCUUCGCUUUAUCUUUUCACCUCGUGGAAGACGGAGGUGCCCCACAGUGAAGAUAUCAGCAGCCGGCACCGUGCUCUGCUCUCGGUGACCUGUGACCUCUGCAUGCUGUUACAUAUACAGAUCAACACAAAAGCAACAAUAACACAACUUCAGUAUAAUAAUAAAUGUAAAUGCUGCUGUA